UUCACAAAAAAGUAAGAAGAUGUGGGUACAUGGGUGGUUAUAUUUGUAUUUAAAUAUUUUUUCUGCGCUGAUUUCGGCGGAAGUGAUCACAUUAAUCAAUGGAGACAAUAUUACAUGCGUACUUACAGAAGAAGAUGUUUAUUCUGCUCUCUACAUCUGGCCAGUGGAAUCAGAUAUAACAAUAAAAAGAGAUCAAACUGCUGAAUUAAACGACUGGGAUGUCGAUGAUUGGACUAAUUAUAAUUCUACAGAAUUAGAUUACCCACCUAUUUCCGAUAUUGGAUGGAACAGUUUCAAAAUUCCUAGUAAUUUACCCUUACGUUUGAAUAACACUUUCUUCUUUUGCCAUAAGGAUCCAGUGAACGUUACUAUACAAAGCAAGAAUUUUGAAAAAAAUGGCGGCUUGAAUCUUUCUCACUACAAAACAAAUAACAAUUUUUGUGAGUGGUACUACUUAGCAAUCAAUAUUAGCAAAAAUAGUUCUUUUGUUAAGCCCAUAUCAGGUCAGGAUUUGGAGAGGACGGAAAUAAACGAAAUAAACUUUGAAGCGAAGUGGAUUUUGUUCUCUAGUGAUACCUAUGUUAAAAUCAACAAAUAUGCUAUCAAAUAUUCCAAUAAUAUUACAACAGAAAAAAAAUCUUCCAUUAAAUUGCCACAGUCUUCAAAUCGGUGCAUUUCUCUCUUUGUGUCAGUAGACGAAGACUGUUACUUAAAUAUAACAUUAAAUUCUAAUAUAACACAAAUUAAAGGGUUUAACAAAAAAGAUAUGAAAUACUGGAAGCAAAUCGAAAUCACGUCAGACAAGGUAAAGUCAUCAGGAAUGUUGUCAUUCCAUCGAGGACGAUACGAUAAUAAGACAACUGGCUAUUGGGCAGUUAGUAACAUCAAAACCUGCCGACCAAAACCUGAGGUCGUCAAAACGACAAUAACUUCACAGAAUAGAACAAAUGGAAAUGACAGAUACCUUUGCAAGACCUUAAAUCCCAGUAAAUCCCCCAAAUUUUGUGACCAAGAAGGUCUGAUUGGAAGUAGCUGUGCUGUAAAUUGCUCGGAAGCAUUAGGAGAUUUUUACAAGUCUUGUCAAAAUCAUAAAAUUUGCCUAGAAGAUGGGACUUGUUCAUGUGCUUUGGGAUACAAAGGACCAUCUUGCAAUAAAACUUGUGAAGGAAAUGAAUGGGGAUUGAACUGUAGCAAAAAUUGCAACGCGAUCAAUUGUAAAACAUGUGACAUAAACGGUUGCACAAAAUGCCAAUCAAGGUAUUUGUAUAACAACAAUAACUGUAUUGAAAAACUACCUGUUGUUUUCGAGGCACCUCGACUGUUAUCUAUACGAGAAAAUUCAUUAAAAAUCUCUUUGAAUCUCACGUACAAUAAGAAAAACGAAGCAACACCUCAAUUUUAUCAAAUUCAGUAUAAACAAACCAACGAAAAUUACUUCAAAACCAAACCAAAAUCGUUCUUUGACAAUAUUGAAGAAAGUUACGUAAUUGAAGAUGUGGACACAACAAGAUGGGAAUACCAAAUUAGAGUCAUAUUGCUGACAAAAAAUAAUCAGUCUUUUAUGGAAAAUAUUCCAGAAUUAAGAACCUUCAAAAAAAGUUUAAAUAUGAGUGCUAAUAAAGAUUUAACAUUAUUAUGGGACCCCUACAGGAAUAUGAUUGGUUAUGUAUUAAAAUAUGAGGGGACUCAAGGAUUUUGUUCUAAUUCUACCAAGAAGGACAAUUUUAUCGAAACAAACAAUACCUCAGCAACAAUAAGUAAUAUUACGAACUACUUAUUUAUAAAUGUAAAGUUAUUUGGAUUGGAAAAGGAGAGCAAUAAAACCCAAUUAUUAGAUGAAAUUACUUAUAAAAGGAGAGAUAGUUGUGGAAAUAAGACAUUAGAAGGAACAUCCGUAGUAACAGUGGUUGCGGUAACGGCUGUCCUCUUUGUUGUUGCUUUAGUUUUAGCACUUAUUUAUUAUAAUUAUAUACCGCUAAAAUUCUUCAGAAGACAAAACAGACAUAGAAAUAGAAGCAUGUUUUUUGUGGCCCGAAAAAAUAUAAAAUCUGAAUCUUUUGAACUCCACGAACUGACUCCGAUGAUCACUCAAAAUGCCGAGAAAGACUGUUCCAUAAGAAUUAACGAAUUUGAGGAUUACCUGUUCAAAAAUCUCGAAGACAAUCCUGAUGAUAACGAAAUAACACGACAAUAUCAGGCAAUAAGAGUGCCCCUGAAAGAGCAACUUUGCGCACGUAAAGCUGAAAAUGCCAGGAAAAAUCGCUACACCUCUAUCCUACCUUACGAUGAAACAAGAGUCAUUCUGAGAGAGAGUGAAGGUGGAAACGAUUACAUAAAUGCAAACUUCAUCGAUGGAUAUGAGACUCCUAAAGCGUUCAUUGCAGCCCAAGCACCCAUACCAAGCACUGUUGAAGACUUUUGGCAAAUGAUUUGCGAACAAAAUGUGUCAGUUGUAAUCAUGCUGACGGAGUUAAGAGAAAAUGGUCUGAUUAAAUGUGAGCAAUAUUGGCCAGAUUUCCAGUCGAGAUGCAGAUUUGGAAAAAUUUCUUUGGAAAAUAUAUCGACUAAAACUUACCCUCACUACAUUCGGCGUGAACUCAAAAUUCACUAUUGCAGUAAAAUCUAUUUUGUUCAGCAUUUACAGUAUGUGACAUGGCCCGAUCAUGGUGUUCCCCUGUGUCGUCAAAGUUUCACCAGCUUCCUUAAAGAAAUCACAGAAAUUCCACAAACCUCCCCAAUGGUGGUUCAUUGCAGUGCGGGAUGUGGCAGAACGGGUACUUUUAUUCUAUGUGACAUUGCUAUAAAAAUGGCUAAAAAGGAAAAUGAAGUCAACUUUUUCAAAUUAUUGAGACGCAUGAGGGAGCAAAGACCUUUGGUUGUCACAAAUGUGGAUCAAUACAUUUUUGCACAUUUCGUAAUUCUAGAUUAUUUUUGUGGAAAGGAUUUUUCUAUUCCCACUACGGCCAAUUUUAAAAAUGAAGUACAAAUUGCUAUUCAAGAAGAUGCUUUAAAUAAUCUCGCAGGUCAAGUAGAUAAAGCUUUGAAACAAUAUUUAAGAACAAAAUUUAAACUUAACUACCAGUUGACUGAUGACGAAAAAGCAAAAAAUCGCUUUUCUGAUAUCCUACCAGGACACUCCCAAAUUUUUCUAUCGGUGUCUUCGCAAAACUCUUCGAAUUACAUCAAUGCAGUCUCCGUAGAUUGUUAUCUCUAUCCGAAAAAAUUCAUAGUAACACAACAACCACUACCAAAUACACUUAAAGAUUUUUGGAGACUAAUUGUUGAGUAUGAGAUAAACACAAUUGUAUCUCUUAAUGAAAUAGAAGAGGACGAUAAAUGCCCCAGAUUUUGGCCAAAUAAAAGACAAGAUGUGCGGGUGUAUGACAAUCUAAAAAUCAGUCUUUUGGGAAAAACCACCCGACAAAACGUAUUCCAAGUGAUAAGAGUCAAAAUUACUGACAAUAACGACUCAGAGAAAAAAAUUGUUACUGUUAUCAACAUGAAAGGUUGGAAGCGCGAAACAUUGCAACCUGAUAGUUUAAAUAAAUUGAUUCUUGUUUGGAAGGAGAUGAUUUCAGACAGCGGGAAAAUUGUUGUUACAUGCUAUGAUGGUGCAACAGCAAGUGGACUAUUUACAGCAUUAGCUUACUUGCUUGAAAAAAUAAAUAUGGACCACAGGUGUGAUGUUUUUACCGCUGUCAAAACUGUCAAACAAAAUCGGGUGCAGUUUCUUCAAAAUCUUGUAAGAAAAUUGUGGGUAGCUAAGGUGAUAAAGGUGUAUUUUUCAGGAACAAAUAAAAUUUUUGUAUCAAGUCGCGCUGGAAUACGUCGAAGAAUUCAACACAUACGGAAAUUUUGUGGAUUAAUUGCGAGGAUCAGCAAUUUAGUUCUUGAUUAGUUGUUUUUUACCACUUAUUUAUUGGCCUACUUAUUGUUAUUUCUAAUGGCAAACUUUUCACUUUUGUGUCAAAUACCUAGACGUAUUUUUGAACUGUAAACUAUAAAAAAACCACAAAUAAUAUAAUAUACUAGAUAUUUAUGGUCUUGAAGUUGAAGAUUGAUCUAGUAACAGAAGAAUACAGAAAUAGGGUAACAGAAAAAAAACUCUCAGAAUUGUUAUUAUUAAGAAUGUUAUAACUCCAAAAUAUUGGUAGGUACAAGGUUUGAGGGUCACUGUAAUUAUUUAUUUGUUAAGACAAAAUUUCAUUAUUUUACGAAGGUUUGAUUUGUUUUUCUUGAUGUUUUUCCCAAAUUUGCGGUUAUGGAUGGCAAAUAUUAAAUAAUAAAUUGGAUGUCGUGAUUAUGAAACACAAGGUAAUGAUACCAAUGGCAAUUUUUGUAGAGGAAGCAGCAGUUCUCAAACAAAUAACAAAUAAAAUGAAGUAUUUUCUUUCAUAACGUGAAUUUUUAUGUUAUAUAGCGUAUUAGUUUUCUUCUACAGUGCAUAUCAUCUUUCUUAAAUU